AAGACUUGGUGAAAAAACAAAUAAAAUAAAAGUAAAACACACGGGCAAAGGAAAAAAUCGCAACAGAGAUUUAAUUUUAAUGUCGCAGUUAAUUUGUGUGCUAGCAAGAAGCAGCAGCAACGGCAGAAACAACAACGACAACAGCACCAGCAGCACCAGCACCAUCAGCAGCAGCAGCAGCUGAGGCAAAAGCUGAGCGCAAAACAGAAAACAGAAAACAAAAAACGAAAACGAACAGCAAAGAAAAGCAAAGAACGUACGACGCAGCCGUCGCAGCCAGCUUCUCUGCUGUGUGCGUGUGUGUGUGUGUGAGAGUGAGUGUGCGUGGGUGCGAGCGAGGCAGCAGCAGCAAUAGCAACAGCAACAACAACAACAACAAAGCAGAACAGCAACGACGACGUCGACAACAACCUCAGCGACGGGCUGUUGUCGUUCUUUUUAUUUUCGUUGGUUUUUUUUUUUUUUUUUUUUUUUUUUUGACACAAUUCAAACAAACUCGAGCGUAAGCGGGAGCUUUGCACUUAAAGUUUGUUUCUAAGCUCGACUUUGUGUUUGUUGCUGCAGCGCUUGCGUGUGUUUGUGUGUGUGUGGGAGUGGGCGUCAACAGUUACUGGCAGUGGGCAGCUCCAAGAAGAAGGCAAGACGCAGUUUUUUAUUUUUUGUUGCCAGCCAAAAACAAAAUCAAUUUACUGUUGCUGCUGCUGCCGACUGCAACAACAACUACAAGAAGAAGAAGAAGAAGAACGAAUAGCCCAAACACACAACAAAGCAAAGAAAAGGAGAACACCAACAAGAAGAAGCAGCAAAGCAAUAGCAACGACAACAGCUGAAAACAUAUGAUUUUUGUUUUUGUGCGCCUCGCGCUGCCCCUUCUACCGUAUCCUCAGUCAUAAACACAACAACAGCAGCAGAAAAAAACAGAAAGAAAAGGUUAACAGUGGAACGUACGGAACUGGAACGAGCAAGCUUGCGUUGUUGUUGCUGCUGCUGUUGCUCCUGCUGCUGCUGCUGCUGCUAUUGCUGCUGCUGCUGCCGCCGCCGCCGCUGUUCACCAAUUCCCAACUGCUUCUUGACGUCGUAACAACAACGCCAGCAGAAGCAGCAGCGUCAAGUGUUGACAACAGCUGGCAGUAAGACACAUACACGAAGGCUGCAGCGGCAGCGCAGUUGCCACACAGACAGACAGCCUGUCACCGUCAUCAUCUCCCAUCUCCCAUCUCCCAUCCUCCAGCGGAGCGAGCGAACAAGCGGGCAACUUAACGAAACACACUCUUCACUCACUCAAGCACUUUGAUUGAACGAAGCAGCUGAGACGGGCGGCAGCCGUCGCUCCUGUGCUUAGGGCAAGGCGAUCUCUCGUAUAAUAUGUCCGCGGACUCGCCACGCCGCCAUCACAGCCAUCAUCAUCAUCAUCAUCAUCAUUCUGUUGGCGUUGGAGGGGUCGGCGGUAUCGGUGUGCGCGGCGGCAUGGCCAUGCCGGCAAUUGUCCCGCCGCAGGCAGUCAGCGAUCGCUCCAUAUUGGACUCGGCCAUUGGGUUUAUCAAUGAUGUGACGCUGGUGCAUCAGCCGCAGCAGGAUCCCAAGGAUACCAUUACCUGGGCCCGUUUCGAGACGAGCGCCGAUGUGAGUGAUCCGCGCUUUGGCGACGACUGGGAACUUGAGGGCAAUGCGGCACCCCCCUUGCUGCUCAUCCUCGGCUACGGCCUGGGCGUGCAGGUGUGGGCCAUACCCGCCAACGGUGAAGCCGUCGAGGUGUUAUCCUGGCGACAUGGCGUUGUCACCGCACUUCGUGUUCUGCCCACCCCGGCAACGGCAACCACCGCACUCGAUGACAAUGGACGCGCCGAUGAGCCAGUCGAUGCCUUUGCCGAGAAGCGGCCACUUGUGGCUCUCGUCGAUGGCGGCAGCGCUGCAGCCAGCAGUCUACUUGGCGGCGGCGGAGGUCACAUCUCUGGCGGCGGCGGCUCGGGCUCGGCGGGCGGUGGCAUUGGCAAUAUCUCGGCCGGCUCCUCGCACUUCAGUGCCGUCAAUUUCGUUUCACUGAAGACAGGCGCCCAGGUGAAGACCAUCAAAUUUAAGAAUGCCGUACUGGACAUUCAAGCCAAUCGCUCGGCGGUGGUCAUUAGCUUCCACGAGCGUCUGGCGGUGUUUGAUGCCCGCACACUGGAGGAUCGCCUAACCAUAACCACCUGCUUUCCCAGUCCAGGCAUCAACCCAAAUCCCAUAGCGCUCGGUCCACGCUGGCUGGCGUACGCGGAGCACAAGCUGCUCCACUCGAAGCGCAGCGGGGGCGGCUGCGAUGGCGAGGGUGUGCCCAGCUAUACGGCAACGGUGCUAAAUGCAGCCAAAUCCUUUGGCAAGGGUCUGCGCGAGCUGGGCGAACAGGUCGCCGCCGGCCUGACCGGCACAAGUGCCGGCAGCGGCAACAGCUCCAAGAGCAGCAGCUUCGACUCGGCGACGGGCGGCGCCGAUGCCAAGCAAUCGGGCGUGGUGACCAUUAUAGAUGUGAAGCAUCCCAUUAAGGAUUAUAGUCCGACGACGGGCGCGCCGCUCGGCUUGACGGGCGCCCAUGCGGGCGGGGAUCCAAUUGUUGCCCAUUUUGUGGCGCACAGCGAGGCGCUGGUGGCCAUGGAAUUCGAUAGCUCUGGCAUGCUGCUGCUCACAGCGGAUCGUCGUGGCCACGAUUUCCAUGUGUUUCGCAUACAGCCGCAUCCGGUCGGCUCCAGUUUGGCUGCGGUGCAUCAUCUGUAUGUGCUGCAUCGCGGCGAUACCAGCGCCAAGGUGCAGCAUAUUGCCUUCUCGCUGGACUCACGCUGGGCGGCCGUCUCGACGCUUCGCGGCACCACCCAUGUCUUCCCCAUAACGCCCUACGGCGGCGCCAUGGGCGUUCGCACCCACACCUCACUGCAUGUGGUCAACAAGCUGUCGCGUUUCCAUCGCAGCGCCGGACUGGGCGCCGACGGACGCUCCAGCUCGCCCAUAUCGCACUCGGAAAGCACCACGUUUGUGCAGUCGCUGCAGCCGUAUCAUAAUCCCACAUUGCCGCCAUUUCCACGACCCGCUGUCGUCCAGCCGCUGGCACAGCUGCGUCAACCGUUUGUCCUGGGCUCGCCGCCGGGCAGCGCCACGCUGGGCGGCGUCAGCGGCGGAUCGGGCAGCAGCAGCAGCUCGGGCGGCGGCGUUGGCUCGCAUCAGCGUCAGCGUUUAUCAUCGCUAUCGGAUGAUUGCGGUAAACCGUUGAGCGUUUGCGCCACCUUCGCCAAGCCGCGCUCCUGGCUGCUGGAGCCGCCGACGGCGACGCGUGAGGCGCCGCAUCGCGUCCAGCGCAAGGCUGUCGAUUCGCUCUUCGUUAUGGCCGGCCAUGGAGCGCUCAUACAAUACGAUCUGGACACGAAGUUAGCCUCAAAUGUUGCCAAAGAGAAGAUUUGUGAUGAUACGCCCAUUGAGUUGGAGGUGGAGGCCAAGGCGCAGUGGAAUCUGGGCCGACGCAAGGAUGGAUCUCAAGAAAUUAUACCACCGUUAGCGCUGGACAAUUGGCUGAUCAAAGAUCGACAUGCCAGCCUGCUGAUGGACAGCGCCCAUCAGUUCGAUGAGCCCGACGAGCGCGCCGAGAGCUGGUUGGCCCAGGUCGAGAUUAUCACGCACGCCGGUCCACAUCGCCGUCUCUGGAUGGGGCCGCAGUUUGUUUUCAAGAACUAUAAUACGCCCAGCGGCUCCAAUUUGAACCACGUGGAUGCGGAGGCCGUGGAAAUAGGCGUUACCAAGACGACAAGCACAACGUUGCCGUCAACGGCAGCCGCUCCAUCGGCCGCCUCGUUGACGCCCAGCGGUGCCAUCAUUGCCGCCGUGGAGCGUUCCAGUCCAUUGAACAUGCCGCUGGGCGCAGCGGCCGGGCUUGGUGCCACUGUCGCCACCACUGGACGUGCCGGUGUGCCCGUGCUCAUCGAAUCCGGUUCAUAUAGCAGCAUUGAGCAGAGCCCCAAACUGAUGGAUCGCUUUCGUCACGGGCACUUGGACUCGGACUAUGGGCAUGGCGAUAUGCGCCUAAAGGAGGAUCUGGCCGAUGCCAUGCGAGAGUCGCCCUCAACGGCGGCAGCACGUCGCGAGAUCGGCCUAGCGCAGCGCGUGGCCAAUGUUGCCACCGACCCGGCAACAUCAGCAGCAACAGCAGCAGCAGCAGCAGCAACAGUUGCCACGGCAACAGCCACAGCUGGCGACAAUGCCUGCUACUACGAUGCGCUCGCGGAGCACGAGGCGGACGGCGAUGAGGAGUCGCCGGCAGGACUCCUGCCCCAGGAGUUGCCGCACAGCGCGGCCGCCAUCUCGGCGCUGGCCAGCGUGCUGCCCAAUAUAUGCAGCUACGAGGUGACUGCAGCGGGCACAACAACAAAAGCAACAGCUGCUCCAGCAACAACGCCGCGCAUUGAGAAAAUCGUGAAUCCGCUGGGCACCGUUACGGAUGUGCAUGCCGGUAUUAGCGGUGAGCUGCAAACGGAUAUGCUGGACGAGGUGGUCGGGCAGCUGGCGGCGGAGGAUUGUGUCAUACACGAGAAUUGCGAUGAGGCGCUCUUCCGGCCGGUGGUUGCCAUAUUCUGUGAUGAGCUCGCCGAGCAGCGACGCCACGAACAGCAGCUGCAGCGGCAGCGCGAGCAGCAGGCGGAGGCAGCGGCCGCCGCGGCAGCGGGCGGAGGCAUCAGUCCUGGGCAGCAGCAGCAGCUGGAUGACCAUAAUAAGCCGCCCGUGGUGCUGGCCAAUAAGCUAAUUGUGCCCGUCAUAGCCAAGGAAAUGGACGAGGUGAUCACGCAAAAGGAGAAGCAACAGAAAUCAUUGAAAUCUCAGGCAGCGGCCGAGGAUGCGGCACAGGCGCUCCGAUUUGCCGAGCUCUCGCAUCUCAACAGGCCGGCGAAGGGCAACAGCAAGGCGACAACAACUGCCAAAACUGCCAGCCAGCUGAAGCUAACAACAACUGCAACAACAACAGCAACAGCUGCAACAACAACAACAACAACAAAAACGACAACAACUGCCAUCAGCGAGGAUGAGCAGCUCGAUGAUGAGCUGCAGACAUCGAUUAGCUCCACGCUGUCCCUUAAAACCCAAAGCAACAAAAAGUCCAAAGCGGCCAAGCACAAGGCUAACAAAGCAGCAGCAAGCAAUACGCAACAACAACAACAACAACAACAACAACAACAGAGCAACAAGAAAGACAAAAAACAAGCAGCAGCAGAGCAGCAGCAAGAGGAGGAGGAGGAGCUGAAGCCGGAGACAGAGCGGAAGAAAAAGCAGCAGCCGGAGCAGAAGCAGGCGCCGAAGCAGGAGCCAAAGCCAGAGCAGAAGCAGGAGACGAAGCAAAAGCCGGAGCCGCAGCUGGCCAAGCUGGGCAAGCCGGAGCCAGAACAGGAGACAGAUUAUGCGGAUGGGCUGCUGGCCAAAAGGGCAGACAUAGCAGCUGUUAUGGUAAGCAGCGCCAGUGCGCAGGGUCUCGAUUUGCAUGUGGAAACCGAACAGGAGCCGGAGCCGGAACCGGAAAGUAAGUCGCCCAAGCAAGCCAAGAGCAAGUGCAGCAAGAAUAUGCCCAAGGCCAAGGAGCACAAUGCCAGCCAAUAUCAGGUGAAGGUGCUGGAGCUGACGCAGCAGCCGGGCAACGCCUGGAAAACUGUCGAACAGCAGGCAGCAACAGCCGGCAAUGAUUUUCCCAGCUUGAGCCUGGCCAGAAAGUCGGAGAAACUGCUGCCAGGUCUGAUGACGCCGCAGCAGGAGCCGCCGGCGCGGCAGGCGAGCAAUUUUGAUGACUUCCUGCUGAGCGUAUUGCGACCGCUGGAAACGUUGCCGCCGCUGCCCGCGCUCGAGCCGCUCCAGAUGCCAGAAGAUGCUCCAGCGGAUGGAGCAGCAGCAGCAACUGGAACAGCAGCUGAAGCUGGAGCUGCCACAACAGCCGAGAGUCUGAUCAAUUUUGAGAGCCCACUGCUAGAGAAUGCGGCCAUGCCGCGCAAGAUUACGCCGCCGCCGCGCGGCUUCACCGAACAGAACCUGAUCCUGGCGCUGUGCGGCUCGCUGCACUAUGAGCAUGAGUACGCACAGCUGUUGGCGGCCAAGGCCAAGGCAAAGGCUGGCGAGACGCGCACAGAUCUGGCCAUGCACAAAUCCAACAGCUCAUCCGGCUCCGAGGAGCUGCUCUUCAUGGAGGAGGAGCCCAAAAAGCUGAGCAAGAAGCACAAGCGCAACAAGCAGCAGCAGCAACAAGCUGCAGCAGCUGCAGCUGCAGCCGCCGCCGCAGUCGAUGAUGAGGAACUGCGUCCAUUGAUCAGCAUCAGCAUGUGCGAAUCGCAGCUGGAGAAACAGCAGCAGCUGCCGGAGGAGCAAUUGGAUUUCGUUAUGAAGCAAAGGGAUGGGCAAGUUGAUGCCGAUGCCGAUGCCGAUGCAGAUGCAGAUGGUGAUGAUGAUGGCGAUGAUGAUGACGAUGAUGAUGUCGAUGCUGAUGCUGAUGCCGAUGUCGAUGUUGAUGUUGAUGCCAAUGUCGUCGCACGCAAUAGAACACUGCCCGAUGAUGAUUUGCUGCAUUUUGGCAGCAGCGCGACGGCACCGCACUCCGGCACCACCACCGACAGCGAGGGUCCUGUGCCGGCGACCACAUCCGAUGACAAUAUCGUCUAUGGCACAAGUUUGACAACGGCCGCCCAUGCCAAGCUGAAGACCAAAAAGCUGGAGCACAAGAUCAAUUUGAUAGCGGCCAUUGAGGCGGCCACCUCCUCGUCCACGUCCUCUGCGGAGGAGAGCAGCGUCGAGACGACAACAACAUCAACAGCAGCAGCAGCAACAGCAGCAGCAACAGCAGCAACAACAACUGCAGCUGCAGCUGCAACAUGUGUGGCAGCAACUGAAGCAGCUGGCGGCACAGCGGAUCUGCUGGGUAUGGCAACGCCGUCUGUCUCUGCCGCAAGUGUUGCUGCUGCAAAUAGCACAACACUGGGCGUGGGCGUGGGCGUUGGUGUGGGCGUGCCCGUUACGGGCCAGCCGAGUGCCACAAAGAAGAAGACAAAGCGUCGCAAGAGAUAAGAAUUAGCAAUAUGUUUGUUGUGCGUGUUCAGUCUCGUGGUGCUCUGGCAUUUAUACGCCGAUCCGGCAACGCCAAAUACGGCCAGGCAACAACAACAACAGCAACAACAACAACAACAGCAACAACAACAAGAACAGCAGCAACAGCAGCUGAUGUCGCUGCCGCAGGAGGAGCAACGGUUGUUGCCGAGCAGCGCCAAAUAGCGCAACAAACAAAUUCGCGUUACACACACACACCCACACACACCCACACACACAUGCACGCACUCAAGCUGUGCAAAACCCUCCCACUCACGCGCCCACCCAACAAGGACAACAACAA